GUUUUAGUGGAAACGUCCUUUAAGGAUCGAUAAUAGUGACAGUAUUAUUCCAUUAUAUCACUUGUGACGUACGUCAAAUAAAAGGGACGUUUGUUUUAUUAUAAAGGACUGGAAAAAUAUAUUGUUUUUUAAACAUGGAAUCAGAGGAAGGGGAAACAUAUCCGAAACAAGGAACGACAAUACGUAGUGAAAAGAAUGCAGCUAUCGACUACGAUGAAGACAGACUACAUGAGAUGACAGCAUCAUAUUCGGAAAUAUCAUUCGAUUCACAAUCAUCUCCACCCGUUUCGGAGUUAAGAUCGCUGAUCGAUUCACCAGAUAUUGAUGGAACAAAAUUUUUAGAUGGUAGCCUAGAGAAAAUGAACGGAAUUGGUGGUAGACCAGACCAGCUAAAUUUAAGGAAUAGAGGAUCUAGUCCAAUAGAGGACGACGAUAUAGAUCCCCCAAGUUAUCACAAAGCCAUGGGAUAUUUGCAACUUGAGGGGACAGUAAUGCAAGAUGGUGAUAUGGUACUGUUUGUUGCGGAAGAUUUAGAAAACAAAAUUAAACUGUCAAGUCCUGUAACAAAAAAGGGAGAAACUCCAUCUUUUCCGGGUUCUCGCAGUUCCACUCCCUGUUUGUAUAGGCAAGCCUUAACGCCUCAGGUGCCUCUUCUUGAUCAUAAUGUGUUAAAUGAAUUAGAGAUGGAAGCGAGAAAAGUGGCCACCUCUGUUGAUGCAUUAACAGAAAAUUUGGCAGCCAUUUUGCAUAGUGCAUCUGCACUCACCGUAGGCUGUUUAGAAACAUAUAGGGAUGCUGUUUGUAAAACGUGCGAUGCAGUGGAUCACAAUAUUAAAUCGAUGUAUCAGCUAAUGGCAAAAUGUGAAGAAUUAUCGAAAUCAAUGGGACCUGUAUAUAAGCUAGCAGAACAAAUUAAAGAGAUGAAAAGGAUGUUGGAGCUAUUUGAGAGUGCAAUGAAUCUGUAAUUUAUAAAGGGAAAAGAUUUUAAGCUUUUACUCUAAUAUGUUUAUGCGAUUAAAGCUCUUGUCUGUUAUAGAUCAUUUUGGAAGUUGUCUCACUUUUUAAAUUGUUUAGUUUGAAAAAACAUAUAUUUGCUGAAAUUCAACAUUUGUUCCCUUUACACAAAUAUUAUUACGUUGAAUAUAUCGUCACAAAUGGAACGCAGGAGUAUUUAUUUGAUACAAAUAAAAAGCUAGACAAAUA